GAAGAAGAAGACAGGACUUUUAGUUUGAAAUACAUUUAUUUUGAAACACAGCUCUUUUGGCGGACAAACACAAUUUCGGGGUUUCUGACUUCAUGUGGUUGUAAUUGUCGUUUCUUUGCUGUUUUCUCAACAGAUGCGUCAUGAGUGAGUUCAGGAUUCAUCAUGAUGUGAAUGAGCUGCUCGGGCUGUUGAAUGUCAGCAGUGGUGAUGGAGCAGAGCUUUACAUCGAUUUACUGCAGAAGAACAGAACACCAUACGUCACCACCACAGUCUCUUCUCACAGCGCAAAGGUGAAGAUCGCGGAGCACUCCAAAACACCUGAAGACUUCCUGAGGAAAUAUGAAGAACUGAAGUCGAAGAACGCCCGCAGUCUGGAUCCUCUGGUGUAUCUUCUGUCCAAACUCACAGAGGAUAAAGAGACUCUAAAGGUUCUGCAGCAGAAUGCCAAAGAGAGAUCAGAGAUAUCAGCUAAUGCCACGUCAAGCACCAGCGCGUCUUACAGCAUUCCUGCAACCAGCAGUAAAAUGUCCAUGCAGGACCUGGAGGAACUGCGGAAGAAGCUUGGAAACGUGACGGCCAGCUCCAGCGUGCCUCAGUCUUCAGAAGUGAUCCGGAAAAUGCUGCGAGACCGACAUAACAAGAAGAACCCAACUCAACCCAACCCUGUGUUUCCAAACUGGGUGUAUGACCGGCCUGCUCUGAUUGGAGAUUUCAUCACUAGCCCCGCCCCAGUGGGAGAGCCGGUGGUGUCUAUUGGAUCAAUGGCGCUGUCAGCGCAGGAACACGCUCUAGUGGAGGAUCUGUUGUAUGUGUUGGUGGGUGUGGACGGGAGGGACAUCAGUGCUCAGCCUGUGCUCGGCAGACAGAGUCGAUCCUUCAUCAUCGACCCCUCACUGGACAUGUCCAUCAAAGAACUUGUGAGCCGAAUAUUACCGGUGGCGUCGAGUUACUCCACCAUCACACGGUUCACAGAGGAGAAGUCGUCGUUUGAGUACGGUCAGGUGAAUCAUGCUCUGACAGCGGCUAUGAGAACUCUGAUGAAGGAAUAUUUCAUUCUCAUCACACAGCUGGAACAUCUCCACAGACAGGGAAGUCUCUCUCUCCAGAAGCUCUGGUUCUACAUACAGCCCACCAUGCGCACAAUGGAAAUCCUGACCUCCAUCGCGACGUCUGUGGAUAAGGGCGAGUGUAUGGGCGGCUCCACCCUCAGUCUGCUUCACGAUCGCACCUUCAAUUACACAGGAGACAGUCAGGCCCAAGAGCUCUGCCUCUAUCUGACUAAAGCCGCCAGUGUCCCGUACUUCGAAAUACUUGAGAAGUGGAUCUAUAGAGGCAUCAUUAAAGAUCCGUACAGUGAAUUCAUGGUUGAGGAACAUGAGCUGCAGAAAGAGAAGAUUCAGGAGGAUUAUAACGACAAAUACUGGGACCAACGAUACACCAUCGUCCAGCACCGCAUCCCUUCAUUCCUGCAGAAGAUGGCUGAUAAGAUACUAAACACAGGCAAGUAUUUAAAUGUGGUGCGUGAGUGCGGCCGUGACGUGACCUGCCCGGACGCCAAAGAGGUUCUGUACACCCUUAAAGAGCGAGCGUACGUGGAACAGAUCGAGAAAUCAUAUUAUUACGCCAGUAAAGUUCUGCUGGACUUCCUGAUGGAGGAGAAGGAGCUGGUGUCACGUCUGAGGUCCAUCAAGCAUUACUUUCUGAUGGAUAAAGGAGAUUUCUUCGUGCACUUUAUGGAUCUGACGGAGGAGGAGCUGAAGAAGCCGGUGGAUGACAUCAUUCCUCCACGUCUGGAGGCACUGCUGGAGCUGGCUCUGAGGAUGAGCACGGCCAACACCGACCCCUUCAAAGAUGAUCUGAAGAUUGACCUGAUGCCUCAUGAUGUCAUCACUCAGCUUUUGCGUGUCCUGGCCAUAGACACCAAACAAGAGAAAGCCCUCAUUAAUGCAGAGCCCACGGAGGUGUCACUCAGCGGUCUGGAGGCUUUCUCUUUUGACUACAUUGUCAAGUGGCCUCUGUCACUGAUCAUAAACAGGAAGGCUUUGACGAGAUAUCAGAUGCUCUUCAGACACAUGUUCUACUGUAAACACGUGGAGAGACUUCUCUGUAACGUGUGGAUCAGGAAUAAAGAAACCAAGCAAUAUUCACUGCUCUCCGCCAAGUGGUUCGCCACCGCUUUUGCAUUAAGACAGCGGAUGCUUAACUUCGUUCAGAACAUUCAGUACUACAUGAUGUUUGAGGUGAUGGAGCCCACGUGGCACGUCAUGGAAAACAACCUGAAGUCUGCGUCCAACAUUGAUGACGUGUUGUGUCAUCACACCAGUUUUCUGGAUAACUGUCUGAAGGAUUGCAUGCUCACCAACCCCGAGCUGCUCCGGAUCUUCUCCAAACUCAUGUCCGUCUGCGUGAUGUUCACCAACUGCAUGCAGAGGUUCACUCAGAACAUGAGGAUAGACGUGGAGAUGAAGCGUCUCGCGCUGGAGAAGAGCCCCUGUCCGGCCCGGAGCGAAUGGAAGGACGAGGCUGAGAGGAAGAGAGUGACCUCCAAAUUUGUGUCUGAGCACAUGGACGCUCUUCAGUCGGACUCGGGCUUUGAGGGCACCAUCAGUAAGUUUGACAGUAACUUCAGCACCCUGUUACUGGAUCUUCUGGAUAAACUCAGCAUUUACAGCACCAACGACUGUGAGCACAGCAUGAUCAACAUCAUCUACAGACUGGACUUCAAUGGUUUCUACACGGAGAGACUGGAGAGGAUGGCCGUCGAGAGGAGUCAGAGGACCGCUGCGUGACAUCAGCCGACAGACAUGAUGAUGUUUAUGUUAUUGAACAGUUCCUUCUAGCCGUUGUACUGUGUUUGUUCAUCUGUAACCCAAUAAAAUCAAUGAGUAACACGCAAA